CGGCGAGUUUCAGUUUUUCGUAAAACUCGGCAGCUUGUCGCGUUCGCGUCUUGUUGUUGCGUGUUUACUUCACGCCGAACGACAACUCGAAUGUUGUUUACGUGUCACACGCGAACAUAAAAAGCGACUUUCGUCAGUUUUUCACUUGAAACAAUUUUACUCUGUACGCGCGCCCGCUUGAAAAGAGAAAUUCGCGGCUGCGAACGAAGAGGUUAGGCUUGCUGACUCACGAUGGCGCUAAAUUCGUAAAAUCUCGCAAAGUUCAGCGGAGAAUAGUACGGUAAAUUUUUUUUUUUUUUAUGUGUGAUAUCCUUGAAACAAGCGGCAGUAUAAAAGGAACAAUAGCGAAUCCUUUUCGUGGAUCUUGCAUCUUGUGAUUGCAUUCGAGACAGCAGCGGCAUCGGAUAGUCGAGAAGAAAGAGAUGGAAAUUCCGAGCAGCGCGCUUUUACUUCACUCGUCGAUCGUCGAAGAUCCGUUGACAUCGAUGCGAGGAAGCUCCGGCAUUUCGAUCUCGAAAAAUUGGAUACUGACGCACGGUACCGCGUUGAGUUCGAUCGUCAACAAGUCUCACGCGUUAUCGACUUUUCUCACGAAUAUAACAGCGGGAGAGCUGACGAUCGUACCGAAGACGCUCGCGAGCCAACUGAAGUUUCGGGUUUAUCGCGAUCCGAGCGUCGAUAGCAACGGUCGGCCGAAAAUUCUCGAACACAUCGGCGGCGUAGCGGCCGCAUGGACGUGUCCGCUUUUGAAGAAGACCUUCGACGACUUCUUCGAAACGUGGAACUUUUCGAAAUCGUCCGAUUACGACGACCGAUUUCUGCGAUCGAUGUUCUUGCUCGUUCGUGUCGAGCUCGACGUGUCGAUUGUAGAAAUACCGGCGAUCGAACAAGAGCUGUCUUGUCUGCUGAGCCACGCUCUUCGGAAUCCAACGCGCGGAUCGUUCGUGGAAAUCGAAUCGACGCCAUUAGGCUAUCCCGUGUUCAUCGGCUCGAUUGCUCGUGGCGUUAUUAGCAACGUUGUCGGCGACGACGGCUGCGUCAUCAUGACGGACGCGCACGCAUUUCCUGGUGGCGAGGGUGGUCCCAUCUACGUCAUUCCGCCGGACUGCAAACGCAGAAUCAUCAGCGCCAUGGUGAUUGCGCCAUUGAGCUGGUGUCGGGAGGAGUGGGUGGAUUACACCUUUGGCGCCAAUCUGGCACCGUGUUUGAUCAGCAUUUUAGAAAAAAACGCUUCUCGUCUUCGCCCCUCGAUUACAGAUCGUGAAAACGCAAACGAAGCGCUAGACAGAAGCGUCGUGCUCGUUAGAAGUGGGAUCAGUUGGGGCACGGGCGUUCUCAUAGACAAAGAUACUGGCACAUUUCUGACUUGCUCACAUGUUGUUUCGGAGGCGCCAGAAAGGGAGAUAUCAAUCGUAAUGGGAACAAAUAACUCCAAUUCACGCGUGCGGGCGAAGUUGGUGUACAGAACUUCGGAGAAUCAGCCCUAUGACGUUGCGGUGUUAAGGGUGAACCCGCGGGAUGUAGACCCUUCACUGAGAUCCGUGCGAUUGACGGAUACUCCAAUUGUGAAAGGCGAGCCGGUGAUUUCUGUAGGAUUUCCGUUCUCGUCGCGCAUCCGGCCGACCGUAAGCAGCGGCGUGAUUUCCAAGUCGAUGGACUGCGCGCUCCUUACGACCUGUUGCUCUCCGAGCGGUACCAGCGGCGGACCGAUAAUCAGCCGAAUCACCGGCGAGAUGCUCGGAAUGGUUGUGUGCACCGCGCUCUCCAUGGAUGGCACCGUGGUCUAUCCGCGAAUUAGCUUGGCGGUACCGGUCACCGCGCUGAGCGAGCCCCUGCGGGAAUAUUUGCGCACUGACAAUCCUGACGUGCUUCAAGCUCUCACGUGCAACGACGCGAUAGUACGUAAGAUUUGGAAUUUUUAUCCAUAUCUGCCGUCCAAACUGUGAAAAAGUACAAGUCAAGUUGCGUGUAAGAAUCGAUGCACGCGCGUGAACGAACAGAAUGGAGAAGAGGAGGACGUACAAAUGCGGAUGAUUUGUAACACGCGGCCGAUUUCGAUAGAUCGGCGCAUCUCUGCCGAUCUGUGUUUUGUUGGAUGUUGGGGAAUGGGAAUUUAUAUGAGGUGUGUUUGGAUCAAGAUGUUCAGAAACAUGCAAAACACACAUUGAAUGGUAAUUUAUUAUUAUUUUUUUGUUUUGUUUUUAAUUAAGAGCUAUGUAUAUAACUCGGUCACAAUAUUGCCUUAUACACUGCACUCGAUGCUUACAAAAAGAAUCACACACGGUCAUACGAUCGCAGGUAACGUUCGUGAAUAGUGCAGAAGUGAAUGAAUGAAAUAUAGUCGAAAGAUGGUAAAAAGCAAUUGCAAUUGACAGAGAGAGACUCGUGUGUUUUUAACACCGUUUUUUUUUUUUUUUCAUGCAUUCCGUUUCGUUUAUAUACAAAUUUUGAGUUGAGAUUAGACACUAGAAAAUACGCGUAUUACGUGUUUUUAUCGCUAUUUAUAAUUUCUCUCAUUUCUCUGCGAUUUUCCAUUUUCUAAAUCGCCUAGGAAAACGGAGAAAUCUACAACCUGUGGUAAACGCGUCUCAAAAACAAAAAUUGUAUCAGACGCUUCGA